AUGGGCUGCAAUCUCUCUAACAGGGUCGCUGUCACACGGCUGUCUUCUGAGGAGCUGCAGAACAACCAGGAAGCCAAAAGCCAGACUAAAAAUGACAGCACUGCUGGAGCAGAGGCUGUCCCCUUGCAGGAUGGCGCAGCUUGGUCAACAGGUAUUUCAAAGGAUGGAGCCAAACUUGACGAUGAGACGGGUGAGGGAGACUCCCCUGAAGAACAACCAGAAAGACUUACAUCUCAGGAAAGCAGCAAUGUACAAAGCAGAGACGCACUCACCAGUGAGUUCUUCAGUAAAUCAUGGCCCUUUCAGGAAACAGAGAGGCAAAAUUCAGCAGACAUUCUUGAGGAGCUGAGGAUGCUGGGAAUAAUCAAGAGCCAAAGUACCAUUGCCAGGAUUGGAGAAGUGAAUGAAAUCAAGACAGAUGCCCUGGAACAGACACUGAAGAAACUACCAACUAGGCCAGAAAAAAUUCAGUUUGGAAACAAGGAAGUGGAUGAUUUUACAGUGAACGACAUGAAGACUUUAGCUGAAGCAAAGACCCAGGGAAGAGGAACCGAACAAAUGCCACACAUUUUUUUCCCAGCAACUGCCCACCAGACUACACAAAAGGACUGCCCAGGUUUUAAAAGUCAAGGAAGUACAGACACCAAAACCGAAGACUCAGUCAUAGAGUCAAUAGUUUACAACUGCAUCAAGGAAACAAUCUGGAUUUACGUUGUCUUGCAAAAAUGA